ACCCCAGGGUCAGGUAAAGUUCUCUCAAUGUCUGCUCAUGAAAAAUUCCUGAAAAACACUGAAGAAGUGGCUCUUCAGAUCCUCUUGCUCUGCCAGUUUGGGGUUGGGACUGUGGCCAAUGUCUUUCUGUUUGUCCAUAAUUUCUAUCCAGUCUUGACUGGUUCUCAACAGAGGCCCAGACAGGUGAUUUUAAGCCACAUGGCUGUGGCCAAUAUCUUGAUUCUCUUCAUCACUACAUUUCAAAACAACAUGAUGGCUUUUGCUUCAAAAAAUCCUCCAACUGACCUCAAAUGUAAAUUGGAAUUCUUUAUUCGCCUGGUGGCAAGAAGCACAAACUUGUGUUCCACCUGUGUCCUGAGUAUCCAUCAGUUUGUCACUCUUGUUCCUGUUAAUAGAGGUAAACUCAUACUCAGAGCAAGUGUCCCAAAUUUGGCAAGUUAUUCUUGUUACAGUUGUUGGUUCUUCAGUGUCUUAAAUAACAUCUACAUUCCAAUUAAGCUCACUGGUCCACAGAUAACAGACAAUAAUAAUGACUCUAAAAGCAAGUUGUUUUGUUCCACUUCUGGAUUCAGUGUAGGCAUUGUCUUCUUGCGAUUUGCCCAUGAUGCCACAUUCAUGAGCAUCAUGGUCUGGACCAGUGUCUCCAUGGUACUUCUCCUCCGUAGACAUCAACAGCAAAUGCAGCACAUCCUCACUCCCAAUCAGGAUGCCAGAGGCCAAGCUGAGACCAGAGCAACCCAUACUAUCCUGAUGCUGGUUGUCACAUUUGUUAGCUUUCAUCUUCUAAAUUUUAUUUGUACCAUCUUUCACAUGUUUUUUGUAGAUUCUUAUCUCUUUGUGAGGCAUUGCAGUGAAGUUUUUGUUGCAGGCUUCCCCACAAUAUCUCCUUUACUGUUGAUCUUCAGAGACCCUAAGAAUCCUUGUUCUAUGCUCUUCAACUGUUAAAAGCCAGAGUUGCUAAAAAUUCCAA